AUGUCGGAUGAGAGAUUGAAGAACCAAACAUUGGUGGAGAUUGAAAAGUACCUGAUUCGAAAUGGUUCGUCAUUGACACGAUGGUCAACCAUUCCUUAUCCUGAUUAUGCUUCCUUUGCUGUUGGAAACAAAUGUUUGGUUGACGAAGAACUAUCUUUUGAUAUUCCUCAGAUUCAGAGCGAGUUAGUUACUCUAAAAUCUUCACUGACUGAUGAACAACUCUCCGUUUAUAAUCAAAUAAUGACAGCCGUCGAAGGUGACAAAGGAGGUGUAUUUUUUGUUUACGGAUAUGGAGGCACAGGUAAGACAUUUUUGUGGAAGACGUUAGCCUUAUCUGUUAGGUCUAGAGAGCAGAUUGUUUUAAAUGUUGCUUCCAGUGGUAUUGCUUCGUUACUAAUGUCAGGAGGUAGAACGGCCCAUUCUAGAUUUCACAUCCCCAUAAAUUUAGAUGAGAAUUCUAUGUGUCACAUAAGGCCUGAUGGUGCUGUAGCUUACUUACUUAAGCAUACUAGGUUGAUUAUAUGGGAUGAAGCACCCAUGGUACACAGACAUGCGUUCGAAGCUUUAGACAGAACAUUUAAAGAUGUGUUGGUCGAUAAAAGCAAUCGUCAGUCGGAUGGUUUGUUUGGAGGUAAAGUAAUCGUGUUUGGUGGUGAUUUUAGACAAAUUCUUCCAGUUAUUCCAAACGGAAGUAGGCAAGAAAUUGUGAAUGCUUCGUUGAGUUCAUCGUAUAUAUGGUCCCAAUGUAAAUUACUUACUUUGACCAAAAACAUGAAAUUGACUAUCGGUGCUUUACAAUCUAGAUUGGAGGAGACACAGAAAUUUGCCAAAUGGCUUCUCGAUAUUGACGAGGGUAAAGUUGGAGGGGACAACGAUGGUGUGGCAAUUGUACAAAUACCUUCUGAUCUUCUAAUCACAGAUUCUUUUGAUCCCAUUGAAAGCUUGAUUCAAUUUGUAUAUCCAUCGGUUUUAGAAAGAUAUAUGGAUCGAGAUUAUUGUUCUGAAAAGGCGAUUCUGACACCAAAAAAUGAGGUCGUACAUGAAAUAAAUGAUCGAUUGUUAUAG